AUGUCCUCCCUCUCUUCCUCCUCUUCCAUAUCCGACGCAGAAAGUGAACGAAGGGGCCGUUCUGAACGCCCUCGAAUGGCCAGUCGAAAGCCGAGUGCCUCAAUUCUAGUGCCUCGCGAUCAUCCAGAAAUUGAAAUCGAAGAGGAAGAAUUUCCGCCCGACGACGCUCGAGCCAUGAGUCCGCGUCGCAAUUCUGCUGAUUUGGAGCGCUUGGGCAAGGAGGCAAGACAGACUUUGCAGGAACAAGCAAAGGCUCUCCAGUCCUCUCUCCAAGCUCUUGCAGAACGUAUUGAGGCGGUCAAGUCCGAUCAUGACAAACUCGAAAGCGAGAACAAAUUCUUACAAGACUAUAUCGGCGGCCUGACUCGCAAUAUGACCAAGACCGAGUUGACGAGAUCGAGAUCAGAGGCCUCGGCGAUCGGGCUAUUGGAUGUCGAGAAGAUUCAUGCCCGGGGCAAGUUGACUUUCGGCGUACAUCGACCUCUGUCCAUCUACACUUCCUCUACACUUCGAUCGAUACUACGCAACAUCUUUACUGGCUGGGUGACAAAUUUGCAAACUCGAUAA